UGCACGCGCACGACCCACCACCCGAGCGCUCGAGGCGACCUCGCGCGCGAACUCGCUUUCGAAAUGGUCGGCUACGCGCUCACCCCGGGCGCGGCGCUGCGUCUGCACGCGGGAGACUCCGGGCUCAGUCCGAUCUUGCAAGUCGCGGAUCUGCGCGCGCUUCAGAACAAGGACGAAAAGGCUGGGGCGAACGCGGAGCCGCGCUUCCGCGUGAUGCUCUCGGACGGGACGCACUACGUCACCGCGAUGCUCACGUCGCAGCUGAACUCGCACGUGAUCGAGAACCGCCUGAAGAAGUUCACCGUGGUGCAGCUCGAGGAGUACUUCUCGAACGAAGUCCAAGGGCGCAAGAUCAUCAUCGCGCUCAAGCUCACCCCGAUCGACACCCCGCCGGACAUCAUCGGCCAGCCCGUCUCCGCGACGGACGCGGACAAGAACGCGGCGCCGCCUCAACAGCAACAGCAACAACACCCCAAUCCGGGAGGCUACGGCGCCAAUCCGGGGUACGGCCAGCAGCCCUCCGCGCCGGGGUACGGCAACGCGCCCACGGGGAACUACGGCGCGCCGCCGCCGCCGAGCGCGAACGGGAACUACGGCGGCGGUAACGGCGGAGGAUACGGCGCGGGCGCGUACAGAGGAGAUCAGGGGCGCGGCGGCGGCGGCGGAUACGGCGAGCCGCCGCCUUCGUACGGCGCGUACGGCCGCGGCCCGACCGCGCGCAACGACGCGCCCGCGAAGAUCUCUCCGAUCUCGUCGCUCAACCCGUACAACAACCGGUGGACGAUCCGCGCGAGGGUGACGAACAAUCCGGAGAUCAGGACGUACCACAACCACAAGGGCGACGGGAAGGUGUUCAACGUGGAGCUUCUGGACGCGGAGGGCGGCGAGAUCAAAGCCGUCGCGUUCGGGGACACCGCGGAGCGGUUCGCGGACGUCUUCCGCGCCGGGAGCGUGUACGAGCUCAGCAAAGGGCAGAUUCGCCCGGUGCGGAACCCGAAGUUCAGCGUCGGCGAGUUCGAGAUGAUGUUGGAUCACAACACGGAGGUGCGAGAGAUCGACGACCCGGCCGUCGUGGGCUCCAUCAAACGCGUGAACUACGCCUUCAAGAAGAUCGCGGACGUGGACCACAUCAGCAGCGGCUCCCUCGUCGACGUCUGCGCGGUCGUGCACCACGUCGGGGAGCUCAACACGAUCAUGAAGCGCGACGGCGGGGAGACGUCGAAACGCUCGAUCACGCUCCGGGACGACAGCGGCGCGUCAAUCGAGCUCACGCUCUGGGCGCCGCAGGCGCUGGACAUCGGCGGGCGGCUCGAGGGACUCGUGAACGACGGCGACCACCCGGUCAUCGCGAUCAAGAACGGUCGCGUCGGCGACUUCCAAGGGAAGAACAUCGGGACGAUCAACUCGUCGCGGGUGGACAUCAACCCCGACGUCGACGAGGCGGCGAGGCUGAGGCACUGGUACGACACCGGCGGCGCCACCGCGGAGGUCAAGGCGUUCAGCGGCGCGGGCGCGAGCGGCGGCGGCGGAAGAGGCGACCGGUGCGUCACGAUCGCGCAGCUCAAGGAGGAGAUCGCGCGCGACGGCGCGACGCCCGCGUUUUGGGUCCAGUGCCGCUGCCACGUGACGUACUUGAAGUCCUCCGACGCGGGGUGUUUUUACCCCGCGUGUCCGCUGAGAAACGGCGAGCGGAUGUGCCAAAAAAAGUUGCGAUACGACGAGGCGAUGGGGACGUGGAACUGCGAGCGACACGCGGGCGAGCACGUCCCGAACUGCGAGUGGCGAUACAUCAUCAACAUGACCGUCGCGGACCACACCGGGCAGCAGUGGGUCAGCGCGUUCGGAGACACCGGCGACGUCAUCAUGGGCAUGACGGCGGGCGCGUUGAAAGAGCUGAUGGACACCAACUACGACGCGUACGAGAAGGCGAUCGCGGACGCGAACUUUAAGCAGUUCUUGAUGAAGUUCAAGGUGGCGGACGACACGUACAACGACGAGACGAGGGUGAAGGUGUCCCUCAACAAGCUCGACGCGAUCGACUACGUGUCGGAGAGCAAGCGGAUGCUGGAUCAGAUCGGGAAGCUGCGACGCGGCGAGAGCGUGGACGAGCCUCGGCCGGCGCCGCGGAACGUCUCCAUGGGCGGCGGCGCGGGCAUGGGCGGUGGUGGCGGCGCGGCCGCGACUGGGGGAUGGAACCAGGCCGGCGGCGGCGCGGCCGCGACUGGGGGUGGUCAGUACGGCGGCGGCGGCGGCGGUCAGACCACCGGCACGUGCUACAAAUGUCAGCAACCGGGACACUGGGCGAGGGAUUGCCCGAACGGCGGCGGCGGCGGCGGCCAGUACGGCGGCGGCGGAGGCGGAGGCGGCGGAGGCGGUGGCGGCUCGUGCUUCAAGUGCGGAGAGAGCGGUCACUGGGCGAGGGACUGCCCCACGGGCGGCGGCGGCGGCGGCGGCGGGAACUGGAACAACAACGGCGGCGGUCAGUACGGCGGCGGGGGGGGGAACUGGAACAACAACGGCGGCGGCGGAGGAGGAGGAGGUCAGUGGGGCGGCGGCGGCGGCGGGUGGUGA